AUGCAGGUUGCUUGUGGGGAGGCUUUUGAUGUUGCUGAAGAAAUAGCAGGCGGGAGGGAGGGGCGAACGGGUGGUGGUGUUAGUGCUGAUGGUGUGGUUCGAUGGGCGAGCAACGCAGCGGGAAGGCUAGAAGAGACACUGCAGGAGUAUGGGCUUUUCAGGGGCAUUUACGAGAGAUCCAAGGAUCCGAUAGUGGUAUACAGCAUGAGCCACCAGCUUCUCGACUGCAACCCAGCAGCCCUGCUCCUCCUCCGCUACCCCUCCAAAGCGGCGCUUCAGCACGCCGUUGCCCUCGGCUGCUCCUCCCCUCCGCUCUCCCCCGAGUUCCAGCCGGAUGGGGAGAGGUCUGAGGAGAAAGCGGCGAGGGUGGGGCGGGAGGUGGCGGAGAGAGGGGAGGUGGUGGUGCCGUGGACUUACAGGAGGAGGGACGGGGAGCUCCUGCCCCUUCGGAUCCACUACCAGGUAAAGUCCCACAGCACAAGCCACGAUCGCACGCGUACAGAGGUGGUAGGCUGUUGUUGCCCUGGGGUGCUCCCCUCCCCCCCGCUCUCCCCCGAGUUCCAGCCGGACGGGGAGAGGUCUGAGGAGAAAGGGGCGAGGGUGGGGCGGGAGGUGGCGGAGAGAGGGGAGGUGGUGGUGCCGUGGACUUGCAGGAAGCGAGACGGGGAGCUGUUGCCCCUUCGGAUUCACUACCAGGCGAAAGGCGAGAGGUCUCUUUUCCUCCCCCAAGCACCUUCCAGGCGUCCCUCUGUCUCUCGCUCGAGCAUCUUCCACUCCCUCCUCCCCACUCUCCCUUCCUCCCUUUCCCCUCCCCUUCGCCCCCACGCUCCCUCCUCCCCACUCUCUAACCUCCCCUUCGCCCCCACGCUCCCUCCUCCCCACUCUCUAACCUCCCCUUCGCCCCACGCUCCCUCCUCCCCACUCUCCCUUCGUCCCUUUGGCCCCCUCCUUCGCCCCCAUGCUCCCUCCUCCCCGCUAUCAGCUCAUGUGUGUGGGCGGGGACAGUGUGUUUGUGGGCACGUGGCACAACCUGACAGAGACGCAGCGGCAGGAGGAGCAGCUGCAGCCUUCCUAAUGUCUCACCUCUCCACCUCCCCCACUCGCCUUCCCCCCCACUCUUACUCAGCUCAUGCGUGUGGGAGCAGACAGUGUGUUUGUGGGCACGUGGCACGACCUCACAGAGACACUGAGGCAGGAGGAGCAGCUGCGCUCAUGCGUGUGGGCGCAGACAGUGUGUUUGUGGGCACGUGGCACGACCUGACAGAGACGCUGCGGCAGGAGGAGCAACUGCGGAAGGCCAAGGAAGUGGCAGAGGCGGCGAGCGAGGCAAAGAGCAUCUUCCUGGCCAACAUGAGCCACGAGAUCCGCACGCCCAUGAAUGGCGUGGUGGGCGUAGCAGAGCUGCUGCUGGAUACCCCACUAACAGAGGAGCAGCGCUCCUACCUCGACAUCAUCCGCACGUCAGGGGACAACCUGCUGCGGAUCAUCUCAGACGUGUUGGACCUCUCCAAGAUCGAGAGCCAGUCGCUGCCUCUGGAGGACGUGCCCUUCUGCCUUGCUACAUGUGUGAAGGAAGCCACUGCUUUACUGUCUGUCGCUGCAGCGGACAAGGGCUUGAACCUGGACAGCCACAUCAACUCAGACGUGCCUUGCUUCAUUCGAGGAGAUCCAGGGAGGCUGCGGCAAAUUAUUCUGAACCUCGUGUCCAACGCGAUCAAGUUCACACAGACUGGGGAGAGCUGGUGCAGUGCGGGCAAACAGGGUGACAGAGAGGACGAGCCGUUUGCGACAACUUGCUACGAAGGUGGCGGGAGCAAGGGAGGAGCAAGGGAUGGUUCUGCUAGGGAUGAACAGCAGGAGGAAAGGUGGCGAGGGGGGAUGGAAGAGAAAGUGAGACAGGAGGUGGCAGAGGAGCGGAGAGGGAAGGGAGAAGAGGAGAGGAGGCAGAGUGGGAUGGGGGAGGAGAGGAGGAGGAGGGAGGAAGAGGAGGAGAGGCGGCAGAGGGAGGUGGAGGGGGAGAGGAAGCAGCGGCGGCGGGGGCUGGCGUGUCUGAUAGCAGAGGACAACGCAGUGAACCAGAUGGUCAUUGAGAGGAUGCUGAGAAGCCUUGGGGUCGUCAGUGACGUUGCUUCCAACGGGGCUGAGGCAGUACGGGCAUGCGAGGGCAAGGAGUACGACGUGGUCUUCAUGGACUGCCACAUGCCGGUGAUGGACGGCUUUGAGGCCACUGAGAAGAUCCGACGGCUGUACUUGAACCGAGCUCGAGGCAGGAGGAAGGAAAGGGAGAAGGUGGAGGGGGAUGAGAAACCAAGGGAGAAAGAAGAGCAAGAGGAGCAAGAGGAACAAGAGGAGCAGGCGAAGCAAGAGGAGAUGGAAAGGGCUUGUUUUGAAACACCUGUUGCACCAGCACAAACGCCUGCCCCUUCAAUAGUGUCACCGCCACCACCACCACCGCAGCCAACAUCACUAUCACCACCACUACCCCCAUCGCUGUCACCACAACAACCAUCACUAUCAUCACCGCAACCACCACCAUCACCACUAUCGCCAUCAUCUGAGACUCAAGGGUCGCUACGUCGGCCAUACAUUGUUGCCCUCACUGCCAGUGCUCUGCUGCACGAACGACUGCGGUGCACUCAGGUCGGCAUGGAUCACUUCCUGACGAAGCCCGUGAGGCCAAGCGAGCUGGAAACGCUGCUGCGGCAUGUGGAGCAGAGAGGGGUGAUGCUCCAGCAGGAGGUGGUGCGGGGGAGAGAAGACGCAGAGGCUUUAAGUGCUAGGGGAGAGAACCGAGAGGAUAUGGUGGAGCAGAGAGGGGCGAUGCUCCAGCAGGAGGUUGUGCGGGGGAGAGAAGUCACAGAGGCUUUAAGUGCUAGGGGAGAGAACCGAGAGGAUAUGGUGGAGCAGAGAGGGGUGAUGCUCCAGCAGGAGGUGGUGCGGGGGAGAGAAGAGUCAGCGAUGCUGAGAGGUGAGGGAGAGAGGGAGAACAGAGUGACGAGGGAGGAGAGGAAGGAGAGGGAGGAAAGGGCGGAGGGGUUGGAGAGGGAGGAAAGGGAGGAGGGGUUGGAGAGGGAGGAAAGGGAGGAGGGGUUGGAGAGGGAAGAAAGGGAGGAGGGGUUGGAGAGGGAAGAAAGGGAGGAGGGGUUGGAGAGGGAGGAAAGGGAGGAGGGGUUGGAGAGGGAGGAGAGGGAGGAUAUAAUUGCUGCACGAUGUCAGGAUGGUGUGGUGGAGGAGGCUGAGCUGGCACAUAGCGGCGGGUUGCUGGAUGCUGAGCUGGCACAUAGCGGCGGGUUGCUGGAUGCUGAGCUGGCACAUAGUCCGGAGGACAUGCCGCCACUGUCAAACAGCCGAGAGAAGGACGAGGAGGAAGGGGCGGGGCGGAGGGCCAUGUCAGAAAGGUGGAUGCGAGGCUUGCUGACAAAGAGGCACGUGGAGGAGGAGCUUAUUAAUGAGGAGCUCACAAAGGAGGAUGCGGCUGACAAUCAUCAUCCACCUGCACGUGCUGACGCACAUGCUGAUGCACAUAUUCCAUCACCACCACCACCACCACCGGUGGCUCGUUACAGCCAGAAAAGAGUUGCAGACUCGUUAGAUCACACCACCACCACCACCACCACCACCACCACCACCGCUGCGAAAGAUCAGGGGGUCCUCCUUUUAAUCGUCUACUUCGCAACCCUUGGCCCGCCGUUAAAGCUUGUUCCACGAGCCACCCAGCCCUUCGUUUCCGCCCCUUCCGCCUUCCCGUCCGUCCAUGUAACUGAAGCUACGGAGGCGGACGGGCAGUGGUUGGCAACGAGUGUGCAAGUAACGGUCGUGCGGACAAAACGGGAAGCGGGGGCCUCGAUUGGCAAAGAGAAGUACGGAGAGAAUGACAAUACGCAGCAGGGCAAUGAUGAUAAUACCCUGCAGGGCGAUGAAGAUACGCAGCAGUGGGAUGAAGAUCCGCAGCAGAAGAAAUCGGUGCAGCUGGCGCAACUGGCUCCGGAGGCGCAAUGGGAGCAGGAGCUGUGGCCAAAACGGGAAGCCGGGGCGUUGAGUGGGAACGAGAAGGGGGGAAGGGACGCGGGUGGGAAAAGGGGCGGCGGAAGUGCUGGCAGGGGCGAGAAGCCCUCGGCUAUGACGGGCGAGUCUGCUAGUAACACCACCGCGACGGCCACCACCCCCGCUGCUCUUGAGACGUCUCAAAAGUCGGAUGAGGAAAGGGGCGGCGGUAGAGUUGGCAGGGGCGAGAAACCCACGGCUGCUACGGGCUCUGCUAGUAACACCACCGCGACGGCCACCCCCGCCGCUUCUCUUGACAUCCCCGCCACGGCCGCCGCAAGAACAUCUGGUGCGGCAGAUUCACCUGGUGACAUGGGGGCCUCCGCGAGCGUAUCUGUGGAGGCUGCGUGCAAGGGGCGGGCGAUUUACGUGUACCCGCUAUCGGCGCACUUCAACCAGUGGAUGGUGGACGACUGCUUGGAGAGUCGCAUCAAGGGGUUCUGCCUCACCAGCCGGCAUGGCGGGCUGGGAACGAGGCUCGCUUCCUGGGACGAUGCGCUGCAGGGUUGGAUGAAUCACGCUCGGGACCACGCCCGGCCGUAUUUGUACGCGUUUGUAGGCGGCAGGCGGGCUAAGGAGACGAUAGAGGGUGCGCUGAGAGGAGCUCUACUGCAGGAAUGCGAGAACGAACCAGAGAAAUGCUUACUUAUGGAAUGUUACAGUGCCGAUGCGGAGGCAGUAACUGAAGCAGCAGCCGAGAUAGGCCGGCAAUCGGCCAGUCGAAAAGCCAAGGCCGCAGCAGCAAGAGAAAAAGGAGAAGGAAUAGCUGAAAGUCUUGAGGAGGAAGAGCCUAGGGUGGAUCUUCCUGGGUGCACUGAUCCGAGGAGGGUAGCUGGCGCGAUGCUGCAGGCAGAGUUUUGCCUCCAGCCAGUGGGAGACAGCCAAACCCGCCGGUCCUUCUUUGACUCGAUCAUAGCAGGCUGCAUACCUGUGGUGUUCUCUACCGAUACUUUCGACAGUCAGUAUCCGUGGUUCUUUGACCCGAAGCCGGAGGCACGGCGCAAGAUUGCAGUCAUGGUGGACCCAGAAGAGGUGAUUUCGGGCAGAGUGAAGAUUGGAGAGCUGCUGGGGAAGAUAUCGGUGGAAAGGAAAGAUGAGAUGAGACAAGAGAUGCGGAUUCAUUUCAUGAUGGGACAUCAUCGAGAUCGAGUCUCGACGCUGUGCUUCCCAUCCUCCUCUGCCACUUGUUCUACAAUCGGGGUGGUUCUGCUGGUCCUCUACUUCGUAGCUCUCGGGCCUUCGUUAAAGUCACCGAUCUCGUCUUCGUCUUUUGAUGCUAAGGAGCUGCACAGAACCACGGAGGUGUCGGAUUCAGCCGUUCGUGGAGACGAGGUGGGAGCAAGAUUGAGCGGACUGGACCCGGAGGAGUCAUGGCCACAGAAUCAGCGGGAACAGCAGAGCCAGCAGUAUGAGCAGGGUGAGCAGGAUGAGAAGAAUCGGCAGGAUCAGAAGGAGCAACAGAAUAUGGUGCAGGAAGCGCAGAAUCACCAAGAUGAGAAGGAUCAACCGAAUGAGCAGGAUCGGACGGUGACACCUCGUUUGGAGACUCAAGAGGAACGGCAGAAGCGCGAACAAGAGCUUCUUCAGAACCUGGGAGGGAAAGACGAUUCGGGAAGCUUAAAGGGCAGCAUCAAAGGCACGAGAAGCACGAGGACGAAGACUAGUGCGUCGAAAAACGACGGCGACGCGCGGAAUCCCCGUGCGAGUAGCAGUCGCAAAGGCGGGGGACUAAACUCGGAGGCGUGCGAGGGCCGGAAGGUAUACGUGUACGAUUUACCCUCGAAAUUGAACAGCGUGCUGCUGGAGGACUGCCUGGACACCAACAUCAAGGGUUUCUGCGCCACCAGCAGGCACGGCGGGCUGGGAACCAGACUGCCUCCCUGGGACGACUCGUUUGAGGAGAAGAUUCCAGGGAGCCGUGCCAGCAGCAGCAGCGGCAGCGGCAGCGGCAGAAGUAGCAGCAGCAAAAAGAUCAGCAAGGUGAAACCCGAUGGUUCUCGACGGCUUCUUUCGAUCAGCAGCAGCAGCAGCAGCAGCAGCAGCAGCAGCAGCAGUGUAGCGGAGAGCGAGGGUUGGAGAAACCAGUGGUAUGCCACCGAUAACUCCAUGCUGGCGCUCAUCUUCCACUCGCGACUCCUGAACCACCCCUGCCGAACCUCGGACCCAGGCUCGGCGGAUUUCCUGUUCAUCCCGGCGUACCUGGGCUGGUCGAUCUGGUCGCUCGUGGAACACGGGCUGUUUGAGAAGCGAGAUGAUCCAGUGAUUGAGCUGGAGAGGUAUUUACUCGAGGAGAAUGCGGAUUUCAAGAGGCUGGUGAAUCGUGGCGAUCACGUGCUCGUUCUCGGCCGUCCGAUCUGGGACUUUAAACGCGAUUUGGAUAAGCCUGAGGGAUGGGGGACUGAUCUGUGGUGGCGUCGAACCUUCAAGAAUGUCACACUCCUUACAGUGGAGGCUCCUCCCGAGUGGUACGAACGGGAGGUGUUUUCUAUUCCCUACCCGACCUGCUUCCAUCCGGUAGGCUCGGCAGAGCUGCAGGGAUGGGUUCGGCAUGUUCGGGAGCAGCCUCGGCCGUACUUGUACUCGUUUGUAGGCGGGAAGCGGGCGCAUGCAACCUGGGAGGGCUCGCUAAGAGGGGUCUUGCUAAACGAUUGUGAGAAUGAUCCUAAGAGGUGCAUCUUUUUAGAGUGUACUGGUGCUGAUGCGGAGGCGGCAACUGCAGCAGCGGCGGAGAUAGGCCGGCAGGCGCAGAAACGGAAGGAAAUGGGGAACAGCAGGGAGGGGAAGGGGGAGGAAGAUGGGAUUGAGCCGGAUUUUCCCCUGAGAGGAUGUAUGGAUCCCAGGAGAGUGACCGGUGUGAUGCUCCAGUCCGAAUUCUGCCUUCAACCAAUCGGGGACAGCCUCACUAGAAGGUCAUUCUUUGACUCGAUAAUAGCAGGGUGCAUUCCUGUAGUGUUUGCUCCAGGCACGUUUUAUUAUCAGUACCCCUGGUUCUUUGCUAUUGGAGAUGAGGCUCGGAGGAACGUGUCAGUAAUGGUGGAUUCGGACGAUGUGAUUGGUCGGAAGGUUAGGAUCGGGGAGGUGCUUGGGGGGAUAUCGGAGGAGAGGAAGAGGGAGAUGAGGGAGGAGCUUUAUAAGCAUAUUCCGAGGCUGCUUCUAAGGGAUCAUACGAAAGAGGGGGAGGUGGGAGAGGAGGGUAUGUUCGUAGACUUGGUGGAUAGGACGAUCGAAGGGCUGAUUGAGAGGAAGAAGAUGAGGAGAGCUGGCGUUGCCGGGAGCUAUUUCCCUUUGUAG